AUGUCAGGAUUAACACGUCAGGUAGCUCGAAUUGCUACCCGUCAAGCAUCCACUCAUUCACAGUUAGUUUUUUCAACAAUAAUUUAUACCACGAUUUUGUCAUGUUUUCAGCGAUUCCCACGCAGUUUGGCGCGAGAUUAAUCGACUUGGAAGCGAGGGAAAAUGGGAUAGCAUCAACAACAAACCAAAAUUGUUCCUUUUCGGUCAAUCGAAGAAAGAAGCCAGUGCCGCAUUCAACGCCAUCGUGAGUUUUGCUUUUAAAUUUAAAAUUUUUAAUUAAAAAUAUAAAAUAUCAGAAACACUUUCAAAUUGUAAGUUUAGUCACUCUUUAUAUACAUAUGCUGUAAAAAUCAGACAACAAUGUUCUCUGAUACGUGUUCACUCAGCUGACCUAUCAAAAAAAAUUUAAAGAUCAAAGUAUAUUUUUAUCAAUGAAAAACAGGUGUGUGUGUUUUUUUUCAAAAGAAACAUUUUCAGAACAAAUCUUCGGAUUUUUUCAACCAAUCUGCUUAUGGUCCAUAUUUGAAAGUUGUUUGGAGAUUGGCUCUUCUUCUCGGUAUCAUUAAUGCCGGUGUUAUUGCCUACGACUUUGUUGUUCCUGAACAAAAACGUCUUCAUUACAAAUACCGUCAUCACGGACAUCACGACGAACAUCAUUAA